AUGGAUGAGGAAUCAGACAGUCGCAAUCAAGGGGAACAAAUGAAACCGAACCAUGAACUUGUCGCAACAGUUGGGCCGUCUGUUCAUCCCUCCAUCCGUCUUUUGCCUAACACACCAGAGUCUUUAAAGCAUAGGUGUUCACGGACACGAGCCUACCUUCCCAGACUCUUGAAGCAAAGACUGCGACUUCCGGUUAUCGUCGUGGCGGCGAUAGUGUUUCUCAUCAGCGUGUCGGACAUCGUGCUACGUCCAGAUCAGAGUGCACCGUCGGCAAAAGACCGCACAGUGGACACCAUAGCAACCGACCUUGUCCUUGACCUAAAGGUCGAGCGGCUGGUGCAGAAGCACCGGGUGGAUUUGAACCGUUCGCUCACCGGACCUCUCUCUCCCUGGCAGAUCGCCUCCGCCUGGGUCACUGCGCGGGAGAUCAUCCCCGACUUUGCGCCGCGCCUCGGGGCCAUUCUGGGCGCCUUGGCCAGGGCAAAGGUCACGCAGGCGAGCGCUAGCACUCUAGGCACUCAGCUUGAAGCUACCUUAGAGUUACAGCAUCAGCAGAUGGUGGUCUUCAAGCCAAUGUUUUACGAAAGGAGCACAUUUUUAGCUCUUGAUGGUGUACUGGGUAGGGACAGGCACAAUGCAGAAGUUGCAUCUUUUCACCUGUCAAGGAUUUUAAAUCUCCGGAGGGUUCCGUUAGUUGUUGGUCGUAAAAUCAAUCUUCGUACAGAGGUGAUGCCGGUGGCGACUGCGGGACUGAAGAAGACUUUCUAUAUAAAAGAGGACAGAGAUUGUUUUUACGGUGCGUGUCAACACUGCAGCGCACAAUCUGGAGUUUGUACACGCGACGGUCUGGUGGAAGGAGCGAUCAUUCUGUGGCUCCCACCAGAGGUAGUCCUCAGCAAGGUACAGCAUCCUUGGAUGGAAGGCUUCAAGACGGCUAUCUUGAAAAAAUACGAGGAAUCUGAAAACAGUUCGCACAAGACCUACUGUGACGUAAUCCGCCGACUAGACGUGUACAGACGUCAUCGAUUCUUGCUGCUGGACAUCAUGGACACGGCCGUCUUCGAUUUCCUCAUCGGAAACAACGACCGUCAUCAUUUUGAGUUCACCAACGACACCGAUGCGGGAAUGCUGGUUAUGCUGGACAACGGCAAAAGCUUUGGAAAUCCUUAUUAUGAUGAUGUCGCCAUUCUUGCUCCGUUGCAAGACUGCUGCAUGUUAAGGACGUCCACGUGGAACAGCCUGCAGCUGUUGCGGGACGGUGUUCUCAGUCGGGUCUUGAAGGAGGUGUUGAGGUCCGACCCCAUCCACCCGGUGUUGAUAGACAGCCAUUUCCUGGCACUGGACAGACGGCUGAAGAAAGUGUUGCAGGAGCUGGACACAUGCGUGCAGACAACUGGCUUGGACAAUGUGCUAGUCGAUGAUGGCCUUUGAUAACGACUUCUGUGAAUUUAAUGGAACAAUAUACUGAGAGAGGUCUGAGUGGGGGAGUGCGUGCGUAUGUGUGUGUAUUUUUGUGCGCGCUAGCAUGUUUUUAUGCGAGAGCACGUUUGAUGGCUUUACAUUAUGAAGUCGAUAAGUCUAAUUAAAAAAUUUCACCAAAGAAUUAUUUGAAAGAAAGAGACAGAAAUAGAUAAAUAAAUAAUGCGAGCGUUAUCUCUCUCUCUAUCUCUCUCACACACACACUCACAAAAUGUAUUUUCUAGAUAUUAGAAAUGUUGUAUUCUGUACAUGACUCAGACACAUCAAUACAAUACAAAAUAAAAUAACACAAGCCACCUUGACCAACGUCUGAACCCAAACCUGGACAGGUACAAAAGCUUUUAUUUGCAAAUUUGCACAGGCCAAAAGUACAAUAAUGCAAGGAGUGGUGCAGCAUGCAAUGCGGGUAUGAUGCCUGACAGGCGCUAAGCUUUAUCGUCACAGAAUUGAUUAUUGCUAAACUAAUUAGCGGAAAUACAGGAAGAUCUAUACUUGUGUGUACACCUCCCUGAACUGCAACCGUUUGCGACCACUAAACAAAAAGUGCUAGGAUAUCAAUAAGACUGUGAGUGUGUGCUACAUUUAAAAAGUUCUGAACAUAUUACCGUUAUACAAUUAGGAAAUGUACUCUACUUAAAAAAUACAAAUGUAAUGAAAAAAUAAAACGUGCUGAAAUUUAAAAGAUCAAAUUAUUGUAAUUUAGGACACGAAUUUGUUGUGAUUUACGAAGAGAAAUGUGCUACGAUUUCAGAAAUAAAAUGUGUAAAUAUUUGAAGAAAGGAAUAUCUGGCAAAACGCCUGCAUUUGUUGUCACUGUCAGAGUUCUUUAAGCAUUCGCAUUCGAAUUUUCCAUUGCUAAAAUGU